GUCCAGGGUUCCAGAGCAGAACCAAGAUGGCGCCCAGAGCAGCUACGACGCGACGCUCUAAACUUCCCUUUUAACUUUAUAGACGCCGCACAGUAUUUUCUGGACUGCGUCUGAAUAUUCGGAUUGUUCUGGUGAAAACAGCCUUACAUUGGCACGGCAUGACCCUCUUUGUUGACCACUGUGCGUCAGACGUGAAGCGAAUGGAGCGGUGUGUGCCGCUAGAGCCAGUCUGACGUUUAGCAAGAGCAGGUGUGAGGUACCCUUCAGACGGGCACAGCAGCCCACUGCCAACUACGUCUGACUGUCUGACUUUUGCAACGUGUAGCUAGAUCCACGUGUCAGCUAUGAUUCAUUGAUGCAACAGUUCCAAUUAAAGGUAGAAGCCUGUUAACAAGCUGUCCCCCUUCCAGUUGCUUCUGCGCUAAUGUUUUUUUGUUGGUGUUUGGCUUGGGAUAUCCAAGCCUGUGUGGGGUGAUCUUGGGGGCUAUGCCCCACAGCAACUGAGAGGCCCUUCAAGCAGAUGGACAUGUGGUGGCGAGACACUAGACCACUGUGUGCCUGAGACACCUCCAUCAGCACCUGUCCUGUUUCUCGUCCCUUCAUCCUGCAGAGCUGUUGCAGUAGAGUGGAUUUGAUGAUGCUGGCCAUGGUGACUUAGAGUAAAUGGCUGCUCCUCAGUCUAGUUCAGUGCUGGUGUCCCCUGCUCUGUCCUGCUCUGGACCUGCCUUACUGUCCCAGCUCUGCCCUGCCUGUGCUCAUCGCUCGCUAGCUGGCCCUCACCAUGGCCGCUGCUGGCCUGGGGCUUUGGAAGCUGCUGCGUGGUGUCCGCCAGCUCGAGCUCCACCGUCUCAUUCUGGCUCUCAUCAUCUUCUGCCUGCUGUCUAUGGCCUUCCUGGCUUAUUACAUUUCCAACAAUCCCAAAAUCAAAGAGGCCCCUCCUUUACCAUUUAGUGACUGUGGAGGUGCAGGGAUGGCCCCUGGCUCAAGCACAGGGGCAGCAGGUUGGGUCCCGGGGGCUCAGAGGGCCCCUCUGUUUAUUCCCGGGCGUCAGGGCCAACAGAGGCCAGUGAAGGCUGUAGAUAUCUCCAGGACCGAGCCAGUGAUUCUGGUUUUUGUGGAAAGCAUAUAUUCACAACUUGGCCAGGAGAUUAUUGCCAUCUUGGAGUCCAGCCGCUUUCGAUAUCAAACUGAGAUAGCUCCCGGGAAAGGAGGCAUGCCUACGCUAACAGAGCAAAAUCAGGGCCGCUAUGCCCUCAUCAUCUAUGAAAAUCUGCUGAAAUAUGUAAAUUUAGAUGCAUGGAAUCGAGAUCUCCUGGACAAGUACUGCUCAGAGUAUGGAGUAGGAGUUAUUGGCUUCUAUAAGGCCAAUGAAAACUCACUUCUGAGUGCCCAGCUCAAAGGUUUCCCACUGUUUUUGCAUUCACACCUGGGACUCCGGGACUACCGCAUAAAUCCCAGUGCCCCUCUACUCUACAUAACUAAACCAAACCAGGUGGAGCAGGGCCCGUUACCUGGAGACGACUGGACCAUCUUCCAGUCCAACCACUCCACCUAUGAGCCAGUGCUUGUGGCCAGUACAAAGUCCUCAGUGUCUAUGGCACACUUUGUUGCAAGCCCCUCAAGGCCGGCACACGCCACUGUGGUGCAGGACCUCGGACUGCACGAUGGUAUCCAGCGUGUUCUAUUUGGAAACAACUUGAACUAUUGGCUCCAUAAACUGGUGUUUGUGGAUGCCAUCGCCUACCUGACUGGGAGGAGACUUUGCUUGUCUUUAGACCGCCACAUUCUAGUAGACGUGGAUGAUAUCUUUGUGGGUAAAGAAGGAACACGCAUGAAGGUCUCCGAUGUGGAGGCAUUGCUCAGCACUCAAAAUAAGCUCCGUGCAUUGGUUCCAAAUUUCACCUUCAAUUUGGGUUUUUCUGGAAAAUUCUAUCACACAGGAACUGAUGAGGAGGACCAAGGUGAUGACAUGCUGCUGGAGCAUAGGAUGGACUUCUGGUGGUUCCCUCACAUGUGGAGUCAUAUGCAGCCACACCUCUUCCACAAUGUCACUGUGCUUGCAGAACAGAUGAGGCUCAACAAAGUCUUUGCCCAGGAACACGGUAUUCCGAUUGACAUGGGGUAUGCUGUGGCGCCUCAUCAUUCAGGGGUGUAUCCUGUACACACUCAGCUCUAUGAGGCCUGGAAGUCUGUGUGGAAUAUUAAAGUAACCAGCACAGAGGAGUACCCCCACCUCCGGCCCGCUCGAUACCGCCGUGGCUUUAUCCACAAUGGCAUCCAGGUGUUGCCUCGUCAGACGUGUGGAUUGUUCACUCACACCAUCUUCUAUAAUGAAUAUCCUGGAGGUUCAAAGGAGUUGGACAAAAGUAUCAGAGGGGGAGAACUCUUCCUCACAGUUCUGCUCAACCCUAUCAGCAUUUUUAUGACACAUCUGUCUAACUAUGGAAACGACCGUCUGGGCUUAUACACCUUUGAGUCGCUGGUAAAGUUUGUACAGUGUUGGACCAACCUAAAACUGCAGACUCUGCCCCCAACACUUCUUGCUGAGAAAUACUUUCAAAUCUUCCCUGAAGAGCGAGACCCCUUGUGGCAGAACCCAUGUCACGACAAGCGGCACAAAGACAUCUGGUCUAAAGAGAAGACUUGUGACCGACUGCCCCGCUUCCUCCUCAUUGGACCACAAAAAACAGGCACUACAGCACUUCAUACAUUCCUGAGCCUUCACCCAGCCAUCACCAGUUCUUUUCCCAGUUCCACUACCUUUGAGGAGAUUCAGUUUUUCAGUGGAUCCAAUUAUAACAAUGGCAUUGAUUGGUAUAUGGACUUCUUCCCUUUACCAUCAAACGUGAGUACAGAUUUCAUGUUUGAGAAAAGUGCCAACUAUUUUGACACAAUGGCAGCCCCUAAAAGAGCGGCUGCCCUCCUGCCCAGAGCCAAAAUCCUGGCCAUACUAAUCAACCCAGCAGAAAGAGCCUAUUCCUGGUACCAGCACCAGAGGGCACACCAAGACCCUGCUGCUCUCAAUAACACAUUCCAUGCUGUGGUGACGGCGAGUACCUCGGCCCCAAAGGACCUGCUGGCUCUUCAGCGACGCUGCCUUCUUCCUGGGGUCUAUGCUACUCACAUCGAGCGCUGGCUGCAGCACUACCAGCCAUCCCAGUUGCAUAUUGUGGAUGGAGAUCUGCUGCGAUCCAAUCCUGUCUUGGUGAUGGAAGGACUCCAGAGGUUUCUUGGUGUCACACCUGUCUUCAACUACACCCAGGCUCUCGUAUUUGAUGACGCUAAAGGUUUCUGGUGCCAACGACUGGAUGGAGGUCGAACUAAAUGUCUAGGCAAAAGUAAAGGCAGAAAGUACCCUGAGAUGAGCCCUGAGACUCGUGCAUAUCUAACAGAAUAUUAUCGCGAACACAAUGUUGAGCUACUCCGUUUAUUGAAUCGUCUGGGCCAACCUUUGCCCACGUGGCUCCGUCAGGACCUUCAGAGUACAAGCUGGAGCUGAGAGCAGCGCUGUGCAGAGACUGAAGUAUCAAACUGCACCUGCUGCUUACUCAGUGUGGACAAAGAAGCAGUAUGGUGUGCACAGCAGCAGGACAGUGGACCUCAAACAGGGCAUUGGCGAAGACUGUGUCCUGUGAUGUGUGUUCCAAGGAGUGCCCCUGGUGGACGCUGCUGGUGUUGUCAGUGCACGUUGCUCUAUAGCUGAUAGUGGUUUAUCUCCUCAGAGCGUCAUUGUGCUGCUGCUGCUACUACUGGACUAAGUUAAGUGGUAUUUACUGUAAUAAACCUGGGGGGCAUCAAAGUCAGCAACUAAAAAGUAGCCUGAAGAUGAGGCUUUGUGUCCACCAAGUGUAGAAAAACAUUUGAUAGGCAUAUCAUGCUGCUGCAAUAAACAGAACCGGAGAGUCUCAAUACAAAAAAGUGCCAUUUGUCCUUUAAUAGGGGCUUCAUCCAGAGCCCAUCUUUCCAUCAUGGUUGUUACAAUCACAAGAAUGUGUUCUAUUGACAUAUCUGCUAAAGCUUUUUCCCCAGUCACCUGACUGUAGAGUCACAUGAACUUUAUAUAUGAAAUGCACUUGGUGGAAACAUGCCUGGGCUAGUGUGUCUUUGACUGGUGAGAUGGGCACUGCCAAGCCACACAGAGAUGUAAAUAUGGGAUAAACAGUGGACUCAGCCCUGUUUGUUCGAAACUAGGUUUAAGGCAGAUGUUCAUGGAAUUCUGAAGCUUUUAUACUUGCUUUUAAUUCCACAUUUUUAAAACGCACCACUAUUGUUUUCAUACAUCAGUAAACCACACAAUAAAUGGCUGAUGACAUUAA